ACCCCCCCCCACGGCAGGAAGAUCGUGGAUCGGAUCGACCGGGACCGGGACGGCUUCGUGACCCAGGCCGAGCUGAAGGACUGGAUCAAACACACCCAGAACCGGUACAUCUUUGAGAACGUGCAGAAGAACUGGCCGGACUACGACCGGGACGGCGACGGGCGCAUCGCCUGGCCCGAGUUCAAGAACGCCACCUACGGCUACUACGAGGGGGAGGAGUUUGGUGACCUGGAGGACAAACAGUCCUACCGCAAGAUGCUGGCGCGGGACGAGCGGCGCUUCAGGGCGGCCGACCGGGACGGAGACAUGGUCGCUACGCGGGAGGAGUUCACCGCCUUCCUGCACCCCGAGGAGUUCGACUACAUGAAGGACAUCGUCGUCACGGUGAGGGGCCCGGACGCCUGG